CGCAGGGAAACACGCACCUCAUUCUGCAGGAAGUCAGAUUAAUAUCAACAACCUGAGUUUACAACUCUGGCAAAACUUCACUGCAGCAGCCGCCAAUGAUCGUUAUCAGGCUGUUCUUGUCACUUUAUAUGCCUUAAUCAUAUCCGCUGCAUUAUGGGGGAAGUAUUUUCCUGCGCGUCGAGGAAGUGUUUUGUUUUUGUGUUUAAACUCGGUGGCUAGUUUGGAAGUUAGCUAAAUUAGUGUCAGCUGACUGGGUGAGCUCGGUUUGUCAGCUAACAGCGCUCUAAUAUGCUCACAUAUUACCGUGUGCUCGGUCUGAACAAGGUUGUGGGUGAAGCCAGACUGUGUGCUCGCUGCUGUUGACGUCCCGGUGGUUUAUAUGCGGUCAGGUUUUCAAUGCUGCUGCAGCUGCUCCCACCUGUCAACUAGCUGCCUCCUCUCCGUCUGCUGAAUGGCUCACUGCGGCUUCUCGGAGCCCAGCGCGAAGGUCCAGGCACCGCGGCCCGGCAGCAUCCUGCCGCCGGCGCAACAGCCGCCUCCUUCAGGCAGCGUGGACCAGAGCAUGAAGCCGGUGCUGUUUGAGAUCUUCGGCGAGAUUUGGACCGUCCAGUCGCGGCUCGGACAGGGAGUCUCGGCCUCGGUGUACCGGGUCAGCUCCGGCAGAGCCACCGCCGCCGUCAAGGAGUUCCAGGCCGACACUCAGGGAGGAGACUACGGGUAUCACAAGGAGAGAUCCGUGCUGGAGGACAUCCAGGGACACAAAAACAUCGUGACCCUGUAUGGUGUGUUCACCAACCACAGCGCUGUGGGUGUUGCCACUCGCUGUCUGCUGCUGGAGCUCCUGGAUGUCAGCGUGUCUGAGCUGUUGGUGAGAGGCAGCAGUGGUACUCAGGGUGGAAGACCCCAGCAGGGCCACUCCAUGUGGCUUGUCCAGCACUGUGCCAGAGACAUCCUGGAGGCUCUCUCCUUCCUCCACAGAGAAGGCUACGUCCACGCUGACCUCAAACCACGCAACAUCCUCUGGAGCGCCGACGAUGAGUGCUUCAAGCUCAUCGACUUCGGCCUCAGCUUCAAGCAGGGAAACCAGGAUGUCAAGUACAUCCAGACAGACGGGUAUCGCGCUCCAGAGGCUGAGAUUCAGAACAGCCUGGCUCAGGCCGGGGUGGAGGUGGAGGGAGACUCGGGCUGCACAGCUGCCGUGGACCUGUGGAGCCUGGGCAUCAUCCUGUUGGAGAUGUUCUCAGGAAUCAAACUCAAAGACACUAUCCGCUCGCCGGAGUGGAAGGAUAACAGUGCUGCCAUUGUAGACCAUAUCUUUGCCAGCAACAGUCUGGCAUGCCCUGCCAUCCCCGUCUAUCACCUCAGAGACCUUAUCAAAAGCAUGCUGCUUAAUGAUCCAAAACAAAGAUGCACAGCUGAAACUGCCCUGCUGAGCCCAUUCUUCAGUAUUCCCUUUGCACCUCACAUUGAGGACCUGGUUCUGCUGCCCUCUCCCGUUCUGCGUCUCCUAAACCUGAUUGAUGACAGCCACCUGCACAAUGAAGAAGAGUAUGAAGAUAUCCUGGAGGACAUGAAAGAGGAGUGCCAGAAGUAUGGCUCAGUGGUUUCUCUGCUCAUCCCCAAGGAGAAUCCAGGGAAAGGACAGGUGUUCGUAGAGUACGCCAACUCCAGCGACUCCAAAGAAGCCCAGAGGCUGCUGACGGGCCGCACCUUCGAUGGGAAGUUUGUCGUGGCCACCUUCUACCCUCUGAGCGCUUACAAAAGAGGUUACCUGUAUCAAACCGUACAGUAAAGUCCUAAAGCUCAGUUUACACCUCUGCAUUAUUUGCAUGUUAGAAACACAACUGCACCGGGUGCCAAAAAGGGAGGAGUCUUCUCUUAAAAUACUGACAGUCAUCAGUGGCGUCCCUGCAGUUUCAGUUAGAAAUGAGUGUAGGUAAAAGUUCUGCAUGUUUUUCAUGUGGUUUUCUACAGUAAAUCUGUGUUUUCAUGCAGAGUGUAAAUUGAACUCGGCUGUGAGAUGCUUCCACCUCCAGUCUGUGAGCUGCUCUUGUCAGUACUCAUCCAUCCAGUGCUUCAGAGGUUCUCUUACUGACUGUGGGCCUGAAGCCUGCAGUCUGAGGACAGCAGUUCCUGUUUGAGCUUCCAUUCACUCUCACCCUGUCAUACAAUCUCUCAUAAGGGUUGCAAGAUUGAAAACCUUUAUCAGAUGUUGGUGAACAGUUUAAGAGCUCUACAUUGCAUUUAAUAGCCUCUCUAUAGAUAAACUAUUUGUGAAACACUUUAUUUCAUCAGUUGUGUCAGGGAUGUGAUUAGAAACAUGUAGCAGAUUAACAACGAUGACUAAUGUUUUAUGUAUCAAACCGAGAAUUCUAAAGAGAGAAUUAUAGUGACAGUCACAUCCCUGUGAACUGAAGAUUUCCUGUGGUGAAAGCUAGUGUCUUAUAAUAUUCUCAGACUAAUAACAACUUUCAUUUUAUUACUAUUGCCUAUUUAUAUUGGUUUAGCAUUUAGAGGAAGUGGCGUGGUACCAGGCUCCUCUGACCGUUUUCAGGGAGAAAUAGUUUGGGUGGUGGUUUUCACUCAUAUCUGAGCAAGUCGAGGGCUCCCAGCACCCUGUCCUGUAGCCUUAUGCUUUGUAGCCGUUUUUAUUUACAAGUCAGAGUGCUCACAAAAUACUUUCUUCAGCAUUCAACUAUGCUUCCCUUCAUGAGGACAUGCAGUAAGUGUUAUGUUUGCACUGCAACUCUGUAAUGGCACAUGAAAAAGUACAAAUUUCUGAGCAUGUGCUGAAAGUGAUCCGAGAUUCAUUCAAGAACUAGCAAAUGAACGUGAUUUAGAUGAUUAAGAUCCUUUCUCCAGUCAGAAAAUGAGUCUAUGAACAAAAAUAGGACUUCCAACAGAGAUAGGAAAUGUCUAAGUAAAGUCGAGUGUGCGUUCAGUUUACUGAGAACCAAAUAUAUCCGAUGCAGCUGCUGCUCUGCCAUGAAAGGAGGAGUGUAAAGCCACUAGGUGCAUGGAAUUUGUAGCGUCUUUCACAUUUUCAAAAGAAAUCCAAUUUUGUUUGUCAAAAAAAAUUACUUGCUAUAAAUUGGUGAUGUGUGUGUGUGUUUUCAAAUUCUACGUGUAGUGGCUUUAAAGGCUGAAGUAAGAUUCUUUAUUUCCUGCUGUGCUAACUGCACGGAUAAAGGUGCGAUGUUAGACAGUUUUGGAGUACUUUUGGUUAGUUUGUGCAUGAACAUGAUGGGUAGACUGUCAGGCCAGCAUUGUAGCACUAUUGUCCUGUGGUUAAUACCCUCACCAAGGCGCCUGUGUUUGGAAAUGGAAGUGCUUCGUCCUCCUUUUUAAGAAACACCGCUAGUUGCAUGACUAGAUAGUGAGUUGAGAAAUGUCAUAAAAUGUGUGAACUGAAUAUUUCUUGAUGCCAGCAAAAUUAUAAUUUGAUUACCUUCGUUAUAUUGGUUCCAUCAGGGCAGAUUAUUUUGGAUAGCAACAGUCUUCAUGUUUCUGCAGUGGAAUGUACUUUUAGUUGUGGAACCAGCAGUUCUUUUACUCUUAUUUUUUUUUUUAGUUACACUCUGAUAACCGUGGAUACGUAUCAAGCUUGCUCUGGAAGAUCAGAUAAUUUCUACGCAAGUGCCCUAUGAUGUUCACAAGCUAUCUAGCUAACUAACCAAAAUGCUGCUAUAUCAACUGGUUGCGCUACAGCUGCAUGUGUUGUUUCCUUACGUAGCCGAAGCCGUUGCAGAUGCCUUAGAAAACUACUCCCUUCCAGCAGAUUUAGUAACAAAACUGGACAUACAUUAACAUCUAUCACUGUUUCUUCAUAGAACUGCUCAUUGCUCAUUUUUCAAUAUAUUAUUUUUAAAGAGCCCAUAUUCUGCACAUCUACAAGUUUAGAAUUUUAUUUUUGGGGGCCACUAGAUUAUGUUUACAUGCUUUAAUGUUCAAAGCCACAUCAUUUUUCCUCUAAACUUUCUCUCACUCUGUUUGAAACCCUCUGUUUUAGCUCCUGCCUCUUUAAGGCCCACUCCCAGAAAAUCCCAGUCUGACUUUUAGUGAACCUUUAAGUCACCUGACUGCUCCGUAUAUUUAUGUAUGCAUUACAGUCAUUUGUAGCGUAGCAUAUAGCGCCAACUUCUGACGACACAACACAGUCUAGUUUAUUCACUACAAAGUAGCUUAUGGAAAGAAACCCAGUUAACGUUUUUUUAAAAUAAAAUAAUUGUUGAAUUUAAAGUUUGCAUCGAAUUCCCUUCCCAGUUUUGUGGAACAUGUCUGAUGUGUAUAAAAGAACGUUAGCAGAGGUGGCUCUAGCAAGGAAAUAAUGGCAGAUGAUGAAGUAUAAGGCAUAUCAAACCAGGUGUUAUGCUAAUAUGUUACAUGAUGACAUCGAUAAGUAACAGAAAUAAAGCCUGUACUUCAAAUGAGGCAUUUCAGACAGGUAAGAAGUAGUGUUUUCUGUGGAAGAGAGUCACUCAGUUUGACGUGGACUUUGAGUUUGCAAACCUUUGUAUGCAUAAAAAAACAGCUCUGAAGGAAGAAGGAAACCAAAAAAAGCACAAUAUGGGCUCUUUAAAGGCAGGCUAAGUAAAUUUAAUGAACAGCUAAAAACAACUGAAAAUAAAGAAAAAUCAGAAAGUAGAAAGAAAACAUUAAAAAGAAAUACUGUUUGUUGACAUACAUAUCUUUAAAACGCGUUUUCUCAAAGUGAGUUUUUUUUUUACUUUGACCCAGAAAUCUUCACUUCACUGACAUACAACAAACUGUAUUUUUUAUUCUGAAAGUUAUCACACAAAGGUUUGUGAACAUAUCAUUUACAGCCUGAUUUAUAGAAUAUUUCAUUUACAAAAACAUGCCGAAAAUACAUUUUGCCUCCAUGCUGUUGACAGUAUUUUUAAGCGAUAAGAAGAAAAUCCAUUCUGUUUAAACCUUUGGCUCUUGUAUGUCAGUAAAAUGAAACAAACUGUGCUGCGUAGCUGUAGCAGUAAAACUACUGAGUGUAACUGAGUGGAUCAGCAUUUCAUUGGUAAACAGAAGAUUGUGAUAUUUCUCCUGUAAAACCUAUAAACCCUGCUUUGUAGUUUAAAUUAUAUGAAGAGUUGCAGUCAUAGAGCACAAAUACCGAGCUGUGCCCUGUUUAAGUGGGAUUCAAGUAUGUGACAAUAAUCGCAUAUUGAUAUUAAAUAGAAAAAUGUUUAAAGCCUAUAGAGAAACAUACAUCAGCCCUAUAUUAAAUUAUGCAUUGUCUCUUCCUGUCCUUAAAAAAAAAAAACAUUUGAAUUUUACUAAAAUUAUGAAAACUCCUAGAGUCAGAUGGGAAAAAAUGUAAAACUCUAUUAUAUAAUAUUUAUUUUUCUACAAGCUUUAUUUCUAUGUGCCUGAAAUGUGAAUUCCAAAGUUUCCGCUUUAGUGCGUCACAGCCUAAAAAUCUGUAUUUAAAACUUAAAUUGGACUCCAACCACUUAACCGUAGAGCAGUUUCUCCAUCUGUGAUAUGUGAGCAGAAUGAACAGUGAUUGGGUUCUUGUGAACUGUGGUUCUCAGAUAAUAAUGCAAGCUUCAGAGCGGUUGGUUCUUUAACAAGUUUGUCAUCAUUUGCCCCAUAGUUUUACAAGCUGGCGCAGAAAGUCAACGUUUGUCUUUGAUUUUCAUGUGUGACCUGUGUAGCUGCGUGGCUAUCAUCUGCUUGCUCUGCAGAUAUAAUGACAAUAAUGCCUGCCGUUUUCUGUAGCAGUGCUGCAGUGACUGCUGUCCAGCACACUGCAGAAGAUAAAAAUAUGAUGAUGGAACCUAAAUUCUGUGGCUUACAAAGUGCUGUAAGGAGAGUUUGAUCAGUGUAAAAUCGUUGUGUUCAGUGAUGCAUGACAAAAUCUGUAUGUGUAGACUUGAAUCAUUAGAAGGGCUGUGUUAGUGUGUGCAGAAUCUGAGCUGUAUUAAGCCUGAAAAUGAAGAGUUGUUGCUUGGCUGAGGAAGCCUGCAGGUUUUGCUGACUGACACCUCGUGAUCAAAUAUAUUUUAUAUGAGGCUUUAUUUUACUGGUCUGUAAAGUCUGAAUAGUUUCAUCGAAACUUAUAACUAACAAAUUCUUCAGAAAGUACAAAACAUUCUUGGAUACAAAAAGAGCUGCAUUCAGAUUGAAAACUCUUGCUGUGCAUAGGUGCAUAGGAAGAUGAAGUAUUACCAAGACAAUUACAGAAGACAGUCCUGUGGUACUGAAUUCAGUCGAUGUUAGAAUAGAAUAGAAAAAUAGAAAUUCGACUGAAUUAGACCUUGUGUAGUGUUUUUAAGUUUUGAGGUGCACGGACAGUUAAAGCCUCUAUUUCUUAGAUUUCUCUUUGGGAUGUGGUUUUAUUGUUUGAUGAUUCACAGUGGAGAUAAAUUGACAUUUUCCCUCUACAGAAACUUACCAACAUGUCUCUGAAAAUGCAUCUUGGACUCUGCUUUUAUUUCCCGUCUUCCACCUGCUGCCAAAAGGACUUGAGGUUGCUCAUCCUGGUUGAAGUGAUAUGUAGUCAAAUCUCAGAUCUCCAUAUGUUUAUGUGAUACAUGCUGGUUUUGUGUGUGAAGAGGGAGCAGUGAUUUGGAGAAGUGGUUGAACAUGUGGCUUGCUCACUAGGUUCACAUCUCCUUUCCCGACAGAUUUUGUUGCACUUGUAGUUAAUAAGCUUCGUUUAAAGUUGGUUUCAGUCUCCGCCCUGUUUUCAGCCCUGUGUGUGUGUGUAAAGCACAACCAGACCCUUGGAUUUGAAGCUGAAGUUAAGUUUCAACCCACAAUGAACUCACUAAAUCCAUGGUGACUUUAUAUUUCCUGUUACCUCCCCCAAAGCUUUUAAAUAAUGUGAAGUAGAGCUUGGUCAUUGUGAGCGUGAGAACCCACAGUUGUCUCACUUCUUUGGGUCCUCGGUCCAGGAAUUGCCUUUUAAACGUGGGUUGACAGUUUUUGCGUAUUUAUUUUUGCGUGUCGUUGAGCAAGAAUUCCAUAACUUUUCAUCAUGUUGUAAUUCAAAUGGUUUGAGAAGUACCUGGAUGUCUGCACCUCCUUUCGGCUCCCCUUUUAGGCUUUACAAAACUUUGCUUGUCUUGGGGGACUUUAGCAAAUCACUGUUUAUUUCACCAGUCCCAUGAGAUGCAGUAGUAUAUACAGUAAAGUCCACGGUGAGAGAUGGAUGUUGUGACCGAACGGGUUAAGCAGAGAACUUUCACUACAGAGCGCGUGGUCCGAAUCCUGUUGGAUAACCUUAAUACUAUUUUAUAAGGCGUGGCGCACCGUUAUUUUUUGUAAUGUGCGCAUGUCUGAGAUUAGAGAGAAGACUAUCUGUGUCGUCUCUUCCUUUGUACGUAAUGCAACCUAAUUUCAAAAUCUUUCAAACUCCUGUAAUGUGAGCCUGGACCCAUAGUCAUCAUGACUGUCGUCUGGACACAUGAGCACCAAAAUUACAACAGGAAAUAAAAAAAACAAAAAACAAAGACGCACAGAGGAAAAGUGAAGAGAUGCCAAACUGAAAGAAAUCGAAACAAACUGAUUUAAACUGAAAACUUUAUUGACGUGACCAUCCUCUGAAUCCACACUGCCAUCAUUAAAUACACUGUAGUAUGAACAGUUUAUACCGGCUUCCCACAUUGGUUUGUUGAACUGUAUGAUGGUACUGACUCUGUCAGCAGUGAGCAUUAAUGUUAGCAGGACUUUGUUGGCUGUGUUUGGAGUUGUGGUUUCUGCUGGUGGUAGUUUAUAGCUGCAUAGUAGAAUUAUGAAGUGACUGCUCUGAGUUUCUGAAUGGGUGAAAAUCUUAACUGAAGCUUCGGUAGGUUAAGAAAUAAACCGCAUUUUUUUGGCUGUGUUUAAUUCUUAGAUUCAAAUAUUUAUUCAGGCUACAGUUCACCAGAGUUUUGUAUUAUCAAGGUGUUUACUGCGUGCUAAUCCUGAUAAGGACACUCAGAAGCAGCUGUUUUUGGGUUUGUUUACACAAUUAACAUAAGUUCAGGUAAUCUUGUGGUUCGAUUUUUUUAUAUAAUAUACAAUUAGUUUUUCCUCUCUUGGUGUAUAUAACGUUAUUUUGUUCCAAAUGAACCGUAUGUUACACGAGUUAAAAUAAACCUUGCUACACAGUCUUCAUUUCACGCUGUUUAUACCCCACUAAUGUGACAUUAAUGGACUAAUCUAUUUUAUUAUUUUUGCAAUGCGACACUGUGUUGUUAUUGCUCACUGCCACAGUUAGGAGCACACAGCAUAACAAAGUGUGUAUAUAAAGUCAGCCAGCAUCAUUAUUUAGAUUCUCUAGAGCAACAAAAUAUUCCAGUCAGCGCUGUCUGAACAUACUACAUGCAUACAUACAUACUGCUUUUGUUUUAUUAUUUUAAUGGCACCAAUCUGACAAUCAGAGUUUGAAAACCCGUCAUAAAAAAAAGACAAAAAUGUCACACUCUCAUAAGUGAGAAGUUGAUACCGGAAAAUAUUAAUGUUCUUCUUGACAAUACAGAAACAAUUGAUUAAAUUAAACUUUCACUUCGAAUUCAUGCGUUUGCCAAUAUGACUGAGGAAAAAAGGAAUAGCACCUGUGUAUUCACUACUGAUAUUGUUAGCUCGUGCACUGUAUGCUAAAAAUAUCCCAACUCUGUAGUCCUACAGGCACAUUUUUGUUCUUGAAAUGGUCGUUUCUGUGUAGAAUGUUUCACCCGUCAUGUUUUAAUGUGACAUCAAACCUGCUCAGAGCAACAACCACUGGAGUAUUAAGUGUUGUUCAGCAGAGACAGGAAACAAUGCUGAGAUGUGUGCGCCUGUUUAGUGCGCCUGUUCAUGCCUCGUCUUGACCUGCACUGAAAGUCAGACACAGGACUGGAUGCAGUGUGCUUACAGGAACGUUGUUCCUUUGUCUACGCACUUAUCUCCUUCUGUUCCUGCCAGACCCCAGAGUCCUCCAUCUUUCUUUUCUCUGAUUCAAACAAGACUCUUUGGUACUUAACUUUUGCAUCUUUUAAAACUGUAGUAGAUGAGAUUUUUUCCCCCAGUCAGCUACAAAGAACAAUUCAGGUUUAAUCAACCUUAAUCAACAGUAUUUCCCAUUCAUGUGGCUGUUGUGUAGAUUGUAAAGAUUUGGUGAAAUAGUAUCACAGUGGGCCAUUAGCUUUGUUUUCAGUCUGACCAAAGUUAAAUAGAAUAGAAUAGAACAUCCUUCAUUAAUCCCACAAAGUGAAAUUUGAUAGCAGUGCAGCAAGCGACACAACAAUAAAUUAAACAUGUGAGAUAUACACUGUACAUACUGUUUAAAUAAGAAAAAUAGAAGAGCACAAGACACAGGAACACAGAAAUGUGCUGGCUAGAGUAGGCUUUUGCUUUUCAGUCCAGCUGCGCUUAGUUUUUCUGUCCAGCUGAUAUUGUGGAGGUGAAAUAUAAUCUCCAGGAUGUUGCAGGUUGAAUAGUCGUAGUUGGCAGCAGAGCAGUGAGCGGGAACACCACCAGCUUCCUGGCUGUAGGGAGCUCAUGCUAACUGCUACACUAAACACCAUUCACUCGCUGCCUUCUGAGAAUCCUUUUCUCAAAUAUCUACAACAGAGAUGAAAGUGCAAAGUUAGUGUGACCAGGUGUGCAUCUAGGAUAUGUGUAGUAAAGAGUUCUCGAAGGAAGCUUUUCUAGGUUGUGAGGGUUGUCUACGUGAGACGGAUAUGUAACAUCAUGUGUUUUGCACCAUGAGUGUGUGUGUGUGUGUGUGUGUGUGUGUGGUGUUUUAGCUGAAUUUCUUAGUACCUGAUUGCUUGCAAAACGUGCUCUAAAAAUCAUGCCACAAUCACAAAGACAGGUGUAAGAGUCAGUUUGAUGCUGAAGAGUGAAUAUGCAAGCGUGCAGCCAGCGAUCUACAAUCUGUCUGCAAAUCCUAUAAACAAAAGCACAUCAUUGAAGGAUAAUCUUGAAAUUAUUCACAGCACAGCAGAUAAAAGCUGAAUUGUCAAUACAUAAUCAAAUAUUGUUCAGCUGCUUCAGUCUUCUCACACAAUAUGUCAAGUUUUUAUUUUCAUAAAUCACUAAGACCACUUUUGAUGAAACCAGUCAGCUAAAGGUGAAUAAAAACAGUCACACUACAACACUGGUUCUACCUAUAAAUGUCCACCUGUUGGUUCAAUUUUGAGCUGCUGUUGCACGUAACCUUCUGAACCCUGAAGCAGUUUCUGGUUGUGUUUUUGCUCCUGUCACACUGUACUCCCUGAAGGCUCACUUUUCACUGCACUAUAAACUCCCACACUUCUAUGGAAACAGCACAACAGCUGCAAGUAGAAAUUUUGGUGAAAUAUUAUAAUUUUAAGCUCAGAUUUGGUUCUGCACAUUACACACGAUUAGAUCAAGGACCAUAAAAAAGUUUAAAAUCCAACAAUUCUUUCUCUUUAUGCCGUUUCUGGUUCUAAUAAAUGGUGCACAUUGUACUUUUUCAAAUUUUAAAAUAACAUGCCUUUUAAACAAACCCAUCAGUGGAUUUAGGGGUUUGGAGGGUUUAUGUGAUGCAAAUUGACAAAGUGUUUACUGCCAGUGGAAAAACUGGGAAAUAAUACGUCUGUUAUCCAUGUGCGUAUUUUUAUAAUUAUUAUUUUGCAAUUCUUAUUUGAAGCUGCAAUAAUUUAUUUGAGUUUGUAAGCUACAAAAUCAAAACAAUGAUUUUAAAUAGGCUAAAAAGUUGCAUAAAACCCAGAGGACUUCAGUGAUACUUCUCUGUGCGUCACUGCUGGUGACAACUUUCAAAUUAAACAUUAUCAUUGGAUUCACUGGUAAUAAAAAAAACAAUAUUAAUUAGUGCAGCUUUAAAUGCGGAUGAAAGCAUGGCCCAUAGUUUCAAACUGUUUAUUUUUCAACAAUAAGUAAAUCCAUGUCUGACCUACUGAUGUGGAGUCAUGUUUGGGAAUAAAUACCAAGCAGCACAAGCUCUGAGAGCCGAGGAAUACCAAAUCCUGAAGGAACUAUCAGCCGAAUGAAACCAAAUCAUUUGUGGGGAGGGAGAACUUGCACAGUUAUGAUCAUUUUGAGUCUGACAACUCCGAACUGUCAUGUCUUCAGUGUAAUCAUUUAAAACGUCAAAGGACAAUCCUUAAGACUAAUGUUGCCUUUUGUUGGUUGAGAUCUUCCUUUGGUUAUAUUUGAACCAGUUUGUUGAAUGUUGAGUAAAAGUUUCAACACUAGAUGAUGUUCCAGCGACCGGUUGGAUGUUUGAAGAAGUGGGAUGACUGAUUUGGCCAAAUGAAGCAUUUUAUGUUCAUGUCUAUUCUUACUGAGCAGUCCUGCUUAUGAAACAUCCUACAGGUCAAGUGAUUGUUACUCUUUGUUUUCAAACUUUUGCUUAAAGGAAGCACAAUGUGAGAAGGCCACUGUAUGCAAGAUACACGCAACACGUAUGAACCUGUGUGAGUUAAUCCAUGCUUUAAAGCCUUCCAGUUGAGAGUGAAUCAUGGCACUCAUGCUGUUGUGUUUGAGUAUCUCUUAAUAAAAAUGAUGCUUGACUUGAAA